UAUGGUAGGCACACACCCUCCCUCACUCAGUGUGCCCCAUGAAAAAAAAAAAGAUUUUAUGAAAUGUAAACAACGCGGAGAAUUUACUAUAAACACCGAUUCUUACUAUAUAAUUAGACACAAGUCCCCACUGUAAUUCAAUAACCAGUAGUGUGAAAACAACAUGUCUACGGCCAAUGACAAUAAGGAGAACUCCCCGUCUACGCCCACGAAAUCUACCGGUCCGGGGUAUCCAUUUCCACUGGGAAAAGUGCUUAAACCCAUCUCACCUAAUAAGUAUCCAAAUGCCGGAGGAGUAGGUAAGUUAAAUUUUUUACAAAGUGAUAAUAUUGAUGAACACUUUGAUCAUAUUCAUAGUUUCCAUGGAACUAUACUGGAACAACUUUAUAAUUUGGAAGUUCAAUCUAAACAAACAAGUGUAGAUUUGGGACAAUUAGUGGAUAGACUGAAGAAUAAUAAUCAGAAUUUGAAUAGGCUAUUAGAAAAUAUAGCUAAAUAUUCUGAUGAAGUUAUAACUGAAGGAAAUGCUACUAAGAAUGAUAUAGAGAAACUUAUAUCCAAGUUAGAUGAAAUUAAGGGCAAUAUCGAGAAAUCUCACGUUCAAGAUCAAGAUUUGAAGAAAGCCAUUACUGAUGAGGUACGUAACUCAAAGAGUCAACAUCAAAUUGAAGUAUUAGAAAAGUUAACAUACAUAGUACAGAAUCUUCCUGAACAUGAUCUAGUACGACAAGUAGUUGAUCCCAUUGUGGCGGAAUUGAAAUGUGUAUCACUUGAUCCAAAAUCUCAGAGUUUAUUAGAAGGAAUUAUGGAGAAUUUUGGAGAUAAGGAGGAUCCAUUUGCAGUAGUUCAAGAUUUAAGAAAAGAUUUAGUACAAAGACUUGACUCAUUACUGACUCGAGAGGAAGACUACAUAAUUGAGUUAGAGAAAAGAUUUCAUAAACAAGAUCAAUUGAUAAAUGAAUUGAUAUCCAUAGUUGGAUUAAAAGUUAAUAAAAAGGAAUUAGAAUCUAAUAUUCAACUAUUGGAUGAUAAAUAUAAAAGAAUGACUCAAGAUUAUACAGCGAAAUAUGUCGAAUUCCAAAAUCUUCAACAGGAAUUUGAUAAACUCUCCAAAGCUUGUAAGGAAUUAACCAUUCCAAAUCAAGCUCAAGAUUUGCGUAUAUCUAAAGCUCACCAAUUACAUUUAUCUACUAUCAACUCAUUCGGGAAUCCCUCUCUUAUUGUACCUAAAAAAAGAAUUGUUAGUUCACCACUAAUAAAUCUCCCUGCUACGAAUGAUGAGGAUCAAGAAGAUUAUGAAGAUUAGAUUAGAUUAGAUAAGCAAAAAUUUUUAAUUUAACUUAACU